AUGUCUGGACGCCGUUCUCGGUCGGGCAGGGCUGCCGCUAAGCGCGCCUCUGCUGCGCUCCAGAGCACUCCCAGAGUUUUCGAAGGCAUCGACGACGAAGAGCCCGUCGCCGAAGCUGUCGAAUCCGAGCCCGAGCACGAGGCGCAGCCCGAAGAAGAAGAUGACGAAGAAGAAAAGCCUAACGAAUCGGGUGAAGAAGAAGGUGGAGACGAGGAUGGUGAAGAAGAAGAAGAAGAGCCUGCGAACGAAGAGGCCGAAGACUCCGAACCAUCGGCCAAAGAACCGACUCCUCCUACCGAGCCCGUUAUCCGUAGGAAGCGACUCGGCCGCCCCCCCAAGAACAAGCCUCCCGGCUGGGACAACAUGAUCACCGUGCCCGCUUCCGAAGCCGAUACUCCGCGCCGGAGAGGUCGUGGCGGAUGGCGCGGUCGAGGCGGCCGCCGACCGGCCCCUGGUCAGGCACCUCCGAAGCUCAAGCAGGUCAUCGACAAGGAGGGUACCGAAGUCGACAUCGUCGACGACGAGUGUGUCCUGCCCGAGGACCCCGAAGGCGAGACAAAGGUCGACAAGCUCGGCAACCUGCAGGGGGGCCGCCAGUACCGUUGCAGAACGUUCACCGUCAAGGAUCGCUCUGAACGCCAGUACAUGUUGUCGACGGAGCCUGCGCGAUGCGUCGGUUUCCGCGACAGCUACCUCUUCUUCAACAAGCACCCGAAGCUCUACAAGAUCAUCGUGAGCGACGAAGAAAAGAUGGACAUGAUCGAGCGAAAUAUCAUUCCCCACUCGUACAAGGGCCGUGCCAUAGGAAUUGUCACGGCGCGCUCCGUCUUUGUCGAGUUCGGCGCGAGGAUCAUCGUCGGCGGCCGGACUAUCGUCGACGACUACCGCGUUGCCGAUAUGCGCGCGUCUGGCGUUGCCGAAGGAGACAUCGCGGACCCCUCGGAUGUCUUCGACCCCAGCCAGCCGUACAACACCAACCAGUACGUUGCGUGGUUCGGCGCCAGUGCUGUGUACCACACCAACCAAGCGCCGGCCACGUCAGACCCUCUUGCUGGUCUGACCGAGGUCAAGAAGAAGCGUGUCAACGUGAACGAUACCAAUUGGCAGCUGGAGCACGCCCGUGCCGCUAGGUCCAGCGAGUUCAACAGCCGCAUCAACGCCAUCCGUAUGGCGACGCUGCGCCAUGGCGCCUACGAUAUCCACACAAACAUGAUGCAGCAACCGGUCAACAUGCAACCAACGCGCGCGAGGGUCGAGGCCGUCACUCCUGGCACCGUCAGCGAACCCAACAGCGCCUUUCCGACUGUCCCGUCGGCAGUCCAGCGCAACUUCAACGUUGUAGACAUCAUUUACGAGACGCCGCGCGUGGGCGUCCAGUCUGCCGGACGCCGGCCGGCCGAGGUUCCCGACUUUUUGAAGCCGUUCAACGGCAUCCUGGCCAUCGGCGACGACAUCAAGUCCAUGCUACCGUCCGAGUGUCGCGAGUCGCUCGAGAGGCACCAGGCCAACCAGCGGGAAUUUGAGUCGCGCUUCGGCGACGAGAAGGACAAGAUGGCGCGAGGCAGGCUAAUCAUCGACAAGUCGGUUGUGCCGCAGGGCCGACAUUCUUAG